AUGGUGUUUUGUAAUUAUACUUGCUGUAAUGAUGAGAAAGUGAACCGAAAUGUUUAUAUUGGUGAGUACAAUUUGGGCGGAAUCCCCUUUCACGACCUUGCGAACUUGAACGAGUUGAACUGCAUCUCAGGAACUGUGAUAAGGGACAUGCAAAGGGCGAUAAUACUGAAGCCGAUAACGCGGGAGAAGAUAGUGGAGGUGAUGGUAGAGGAAAUUCAGGAGAAGAUUGUAGAGGUUCCGCAGGUUCAAGUGGUUGACAAGUACGUUGAGGUUGUAAAGCCUAUAAUAAAGUACAAGAUAAAGGAAGUUAAGAGGCCAGUUACAGUUGAGAAGAUAAAGAAGGUUCCUAAGAUAGUUGAGGAGGAAAAGACCAUUGAAGUGCCUGAAAUUCAAUACGUUGAAAAGUUUGUUGACGUUACAAAGGUUGUUCAGAAGGAAAAGAUCAUUGAAAUUCCGCUUCCAAUUGUCAAGGAGAGGAGAAUUCCAGUUCUUAAUGUGUCUAGAGAGGAGCGUAUCCAGGAGGUUGACGGUCUUGAAUACAAAUUCGGUUCCGAAUCUUCAUUCACUGAUGGAUCUUCUAUUGGUAUUCAAAGUUCUCUGAGUUCGACUCUUUUUAUUGAUCAAAAUUCUCAAAUUCUAGGGGAAGAUUCUAAUGAUAAAGAUGUCAAAGAUGGGUCUAACGUGGAAGAUAAGUCACCAAACCAGUCCAAUGUGGUAGAUGAUUCCAAUAUGGUAGAUGAUUCCAAUAUUGUAGAUGACAAGAAAAAUGAAAUUGAAGACGAUUAUUCGGAAAUGGAAUAUUUCUCUUCAAAAGUGGUAAAUUACAAUAGUAGUGAAAAUGAGGAGAGGAUUGAUGAGAUUAGUGAAAAUUCAAACAGGAGUCUGGGAAUUGAAAGUCAUAGAAACUCAAUUACACUUUACAAUGGUGAAAAUAGGAUUGAAAUAGAACAAGGAUCAGAAAUUUUGGAACAAGAUGAGUAUCCGAAUAUGGAAUCACUUUCAUUAGGUGAAGAUGGAUCAAAGUCAAGUUUAAAUGAAGAAAAAAUAGAUGAUGAGAUUAGAAGAGCGAAAUUUGAGUCUAGAGUAAUGAUAAGCCCAGAAAUUGAGGCGAAGUUGGUAGAAAACAUUUCAUCACAACUAAUUCCAGAGACAAUAAAAGCGUUUAGGAGAAACAGAAGACAAAAGCAACAAAUAAAAUAA